AUGUCGGACUCCUUCGCGCUGCUCCUAGCGUCGGUGGAGCUGAUUGUGUUCUUCACCUUCGACUUUGUCUUUGCGCGUGUGCUGAACACGCUGAAGCACGACCACCCCGAGCUGGAGGAGUGCGCGCCGGAGGACUCGCCGGACUUGGACCCCGUCGCCGUCAUCGACUCGCUGCGCCACACCGCCGUGGAGCUGUACGACCACCAGCAGCAGCGCCUCGCCGGCGGCGUCGGGGAGGACGUGGGCGACGGCAGCGAUGGUCUCAACACCGCCGCAUCGCCGCCGCUCCACCGCGCGAACGUGCUGCACAACGUCGUCGUU